AUGUCUAGUUUGAAGUUAGAUUUGGUGUUUUUGUUCUCGAAUCCUGUUAUCGCGAAUCCUGUGGAAUCACUCCAUUUUAAGGUUCUAGAGUCUCUUUUAAAGCAUAUUUUACUCAAUAAACCCGUUUCUGAGUUUGAAAUUUCCUUUUUUAGACUAAGAUUCCUCAGCACAUCUCAGUUAAAUGAAGCUUUUCAGACUCUUGAGAGGGUUUGCCAGUUAGUGGGAUUAUCUUUAUCAGAUAUUUCCCUGAGAUUCGAAGAUGAAGAUUUACUUAAGGCUCCUGAAUCCACUAAACUAACUCCGAAACCUCCUUCCAAAGUUGAUUUAAAGGGUAAUCAAAAGGUUGAUUUAAAGAGUAAUCAAAAGGUUGAUUUGAAGAGUACUCAAAAGGUUGAUUUAAAGGGUACUCAAAAGGUUGAUUUGAAGAGUGUUCCUAAUGUUAAUAUUGAGUCUAAGUCAGAAUUUGAACGUGAAAUGUGUAGUAUUUUCCUCAAUACUCUGAAGUAUAAACACCUGUUCGAUUCUUACGGUAUUGAUGGAUACAAUAAUAUACUAAUUUAUGGCACUAAUUCUGGGAAUAUUUUCAUUGACUGGUUCAAGUCUGUACAGGAAAAAGUUAAUUUUGACUCUGAAGGUAACGAGUGUUCCAAAACUUUGCAACUGAGUGUGAUUAGGUUUUCUGAGAUUUUAAUGCCGUACUUUGGCGAAAGUGAGCAGAAGCUUAGGUUUAUGUUCGAUUUUGCAAUUGAAAACGCUUGUGACGGCGUAUUAUGUAUUUGUCUUGAAGGUCUUCAUAACUUCACUAACUCAAAAGAUGUUUCUGCUGAUUUGGAUAGGAGAAUUUUAUCAACUCUUUUACUACUUCUUGAUGGAGUUAGUAAGAAAGCACCAGUCUCAGACGUCUCAAUUAUCAUAGUUGCUUCCACUGAAGAUGAUCCCGCUAAACUGGAUGAAGCUCUAUUACGUCCGGGAAGACUUGAUCGCAUCUACGAGCUUACCAACUAUAAUACUUAG